GCUAAGGAUAUUCUGCAGGGCAGUGUGGGUGGAGGAAGUAAAGGGCGGACAAUCGAGGCCCCCCCGCGCUCACACACCCCGAAAUGGCUCGGAGGCAGGACGAGCAGAGAGGGGGCACGCCUUUGAUGGCGGAAGGCAAGUCGGACGCAGAGGUUAAGCUCAUUCUGUACCACUGGACGCAUUCCUUCAGCUCUCAAAAGGUGCGCUUGGUAAUUGCUGAAAAGGCAUUGAAGUGCGAGGAACAUGAUGUAAGUCUGCCCCUGAGUGAGCACAAUGAGCCUUGGUUUAUGCGUUUGAACUCAACUGGAGAAGUGCCUGUCCUUAUCCACGGGGAAAACAUUAUUUGUGAGGCCACUCAGAUCAUUGAUUAUCUUGAACAGACUUUCCUGGAUGAAAAAACACCCAGGUUAAUGCCUGAUAAAGGAAGCAUGUAUUACCCACGGGUACAACAUUAUCGAGAACUACUUGACUCCUUGCCAAUGGAUGCCUACACACACGGCUGCAUCCUACAUCCUGAGCUAACUGUGGACUCCAUGAUCCCAGCUUAUGCAACAACAAGGAUUCGCAGCCAAAUCGGUAACACAGAGUCGGAACUGAAAAAACUUGCUGAAGAAAACCCAGAUUUACAAGAAGCGUAUAUUGCAAAGCAGAAGCGACUUAAAUCAAAGCUCCUUGACCAUGACAAUGUCAAAUAUUUGAAGAAGAUUCUUGAUGAAUUGGAGAAAGUCUUGGAUCAGGUUGAAACUGAGCUGCAGAGGAGAAAUGAAGAAACUCCAGAAGAGGGCCGCCAGCCGUGGCUCUGCGGAGAUUCCUUCACCUUGGCGGAUGUCUCGCUGGCUGUCACUCUGCAUCGACUGAAGUUCCUGGGGUUUGCGAGGAGAAACUGGGGAAAUGGAAAGCGACCGAACUUGGAAACCUACUAUGAGCGUGUCUUGAAGAGAAAAACAUUUAACAAGGUUUUAGGACAUGUCAACAAUAUAUUAAUCUCCGCGGUGCUGCCAACUGCAUUCCGGGUGGCCAAGAAGAGGGCUCCCAAAGUUCUUGGCACCACCCUUGUGGUUGGUUUGCUUGCAGGAAUGGGAUAUUUUGCAUUUAUGCUUUUCAGAAAGAGACUUGGCAGCAUGAUGUUAGCGCUUAGACCCAGACCAAAUUACUUCUAGGCUUGUGGGGAACGAAGGGUGGCAACUCACCCAACCAUUCAGCUAGACCCUUCUCCACUCUGCCAGGCCCAGUGAAGGAUGACCCUGGGCAACUAGUAAAAAGCAUAACUUACUUUACUCUUUGGCUACUUUAUGUGGGGAGAGGAGGGCAUGAAGAUGUUUUUGUGGGCUGGUAACUUUGAGAUUACUCAUCUGCAAACCUGAAUUAAUUCAUCCUUAACACAUGGAUGAGGUCAAGAUACGUGUGAAUGCUGGCAGGUAGAGGAGAACAGAACUUUAACUCAAAAUGCCAGUUCAAGUUCUGGAUUCUUUUUUGGGAGAAGGUUAUUAUUAUGAGCAGACAGUAAUAAUAACCUGUGAUUGCCCAGAGCCCUUCAUCUGAGACUACCUGGAUGUGUUGAGUGCUGAGUAGUUAGCAGUAUUGUCUCCUGGCAUUCAGAAAUCAUCUCUGUUACACAACACGGGGUCCCGACAGCAGCAAGGCACCGCGGUGCACCGCGGUGCUUCGUACUUCCACUGUUAGCUCCAGGCAGAAAUAAGGUGGGGCAGAGGGACAAAGGCGGGGGACCAAAGGGAGAAUUAAGUCUUUAUAAUGAUGGGCAAUAGAAUGCAGCCUCCAGGUGCCGCCAGGACCACUUGUGGCCGCCUGUCCCCUUAGUAAACAUCACCUUUGACUGCUUGUGGCCACAGCCCUCGCAUUCUCCUGUAAUUGAGGACCUUCGGGAAAGAGAACUAGGGAGUUACUGUGGGGAGUGGGCUAGAGAAAACCCCAGGCUUUGUACUUAGCAUUAAUGUUAUGGUUAUUGUUAUUAACACUAACGUCAAGGUCAUUGACCUUAGUGUUAAUAUUAGAUGCAUGGAAAUCACAGUCAAUAAUUUAAUAAGAUUAACUGCUUAUGUACUUUGGCAUGAGAUGCCCACUGGAUCACGUCUGACUGCGUAUUUACAUGAAAGUCUUACGUGAUAUUAAAACAGUUCCUUUCUUUUUCUCAUGGUUCCCCAGUUUGAAGGUCCUGUGAGAUACCACUCCUGUGGACUGUCGUGGACAGUCACGGGGGUUCUUGGCCACUGCAGCCCUUCUGUGCACAUGAGUGGUCUUUAGGUGAAUGUCUGAGGUCAUCACUAGUGUGGCACAUGGCUGGGCAGUGGGUGUUUUGAUGACCUGGGAGUAUUAAAUAGGCUCAUUUGCAUUUGGCGAGGCUGGUGUAUUAACACAAGACUGUUGUCUAGGCCUCACAUCUGUUUACUGUCAUCCGCAAAGCCUUACAGGGUUACAGGGGAAGAGAAAGCCUAGUCUUAGUCCUUGGCAGUGAGUUUAGGGGAGAUGAAGGAAGUCGGCAGAUAGUGAUGUCCACCUAUGUUCAUUCACCUUUGUCUGAGCACUCCGGGGGGCUGCCCCUGUCCAUCUGGAGCCGACAGCCAGUGUGUCCCGUGAACAACCAUGACACUGCAUGAUACAGUUUGUGUUCAGCAAGAAUCAUUCCUGGUGACAGGAGGGUAGAGUUUCUGUGGAGUUGGCUGGAAAAGUCUUGGGAGCAGUUUUAGGUCUCUGACGGGAAGUACGUAUAGGGAACAAUGAGCUAAGGUUCCAGUGAACAGCAAAUGCUUGCUUGGAGUGCCUCUGAUGGGCUCUGCAAAAUGGCCAAAGAAUGUCCCAACCUUUUCGUGAAUAGGGAACAGUCAUACCUGCUAAACAGUGAUUUUUUUUGAUGGUAAAAUAAUUCUAUAAUUCACGAAUCAGUUGUUUUAGAAAAUCUCGAUGAACUGGAUAUUCCUUGUUUAUAAAAAAUUAAUAACAUUUCCAGUGUAAACUCAAUCCAACAAUAAUUAACAGGCUGGCAGCUUUUAUAGUGUCUUUGUUUGGCACCCCAGUGCAUUGCUGUAUGGUGUACAGUGUCUGAAUUUGUUGCUGGGACGUUCCAAUCCAUGUAUUCAUAAAAGAGCCACAAAACUGAUUAUUCAGUAUUUCAGAGUGUUUCAGAGUUCCUUCUAUCACCCUGUUAUAAUCAAGAACUCAGACACGAAGAAAUCAAAAUUGGAUUUUUAUAAAAAUCUACAAAGGAUAUUUACCUAUGUAAGGGCUGUUGAUUAAGAAUAAAAGUUUGAAGACCAGUGCUGGAUUUUCCUUAAAUUUAUAUUAUUACUAAAUUAAAAGAAAAUCUACUAUAAGUGUUUGUGAUUUGCAGAUACAGUUUCAUUGGAAAUAAGCUUCUGUCCAUAUUAAAGGUGAUGCAUGGUGGCAAUUUCACUUAUUUCAGGGGUGCCCGUGAGCUUGUACUUUUGAGAUGUUUGUUUAGGGGCUUAAUGACCACAAGAUGUCGCUGUUCACCCAGUAGUCUGAGAUGGGGCUUACUGUAGGUUCAGCAAGCCUUCUGCAAUGUUUCAAGGGAAGAGAAACAUUGAUGACCUUAGUUUCUGAAAUGAGGGCAUCUUCAUCAGAUCGUUCAUCUGUAAAAGAGCUUGAGGCACAUGUAGUAUUGAUUUCUAAUGCUUGGAAGGGAUAACUGUACCACACAAUGUCAAGCUAAAGAGCUGAACAUAAUACACUGUUAGCAAGAGAGGUACUUCUUUUGUAUUUUCUUUUUCACUAUCAUUGGUGGACUGGCAAGUGUGCUCCUCAGUUUCCAAAGUUUGUAUAAAUAUCACGAUUAGAAAAAUGCCUGAGGGACUACAUUUAUGUUGGCUAUUUAUGUCUUAUCACAAAUACUAUUUUACUGUUAUCGCUAUUCUAUAUGCCUUUUGGAUCCAAUUUUCCUAAUCACAGAUAGUAACAAAUUGCUUGCUUGAGUUUUAGUAAUUAUUGAUUUUGACACCGGAGUUGUAGCUAUUUUGGUGUUGUUGAAUGUCAUAGAGAGAUAAAGAUACUAUUCUGCCUGUAAGAUCAAUAAAAUUAAUUGGAAAAUAAA